CUCCUGUUCUCCUCUCUAAUUCUCUUCUUCGUUCAUUCACAAAAGACACCCGAGUCGAUUCGAUUCGAUUCGUCGAGAUGCCGGUUCGAACCGCGGUUGGGUUGGGCGAGUCUACACCCUAUUCCCAAUUCUUAAUUCCCGAAUCGAUUCCCCACAAGGAGGAGGCCCUAAACCACCACCGACCGCUGCUGGCUGCUUCUGCUUCUCCUUCCCCUUCCGCUCCAUUCUUGAUUUACUACUGUGUGUCGUCUGUGUCUCUCUUUCUCAUUAUAUUCUUCUUUUUUCAUUCCCAACUCAAUCAAACAAAGGGUUUCUUUCCUUCAGUUACUCAUUUCUCCAAUCAUGGAAUAACCCACACCCACACCCACACCCACUUCACUUCAAGGAUUCCAAGCUCCUCCACCUUCUCCACCCUCAAUUAAUUCCGUCAAAUUCGAGCAAUUAUGACGGAGGUGGAUCAGUUGCUUACCAAGAAAGUAGCCGAUCGCUACCUUAAGCGCGAAGUCCUCGGUGAAGGUACAUACGGCGUCGUAUACAAAGCCAUCGAUACUAAGACCGGUCAGACAGUUGCAAUCAAGAAAAUUAGACUUGGGAAGCAGAAGGAAGGGGUGAAUUUUACCGCUUUAAGAGAAAUUAAGCUGCUCAAGGAGCUUAAGGACCCAAACAUAAUUGAAUUAAUCGAUGCAUUCCCUCACAAGGGUAAUUUACACCUUGUAUUUGAGUUCAUGGAAACAGAUCUAGAAGCUGUUAUCCGUGAUAGAAACAUUGUUCUUUCUCCAGCCGAUAUAAAGUCAUACAUUCAGAUGACACUUAAAGGGCUUGCAUUUUGCCACAGGAAAUGGGUCUUGCAUAGGGAUAUGAAACCAAACAAUUUGCUCAUUGGAGGUGCUGGACAGCUUAAACUUGCUGAUUUUGGUUUGGCUCGUAUUUUUGGUAGCCCAGAUAGGAGGUUCACACACCAGGUUUUUGCUAGAUGGUAUAGAGCCCCUGAGCUGUUGUUUGGUGCCAAGCAAUAUGGCCCAGGGGUUGAUGUAUGGGCUGCAGCUUGUAUAUUUGCUGAACUGCUUUUACGCAGACCCUUUCUUCAGGGAAACAGUGAUAUAGAUCAACUGGGGAAGAUUUUUGCUGCUUUUGGGACACCAAAACCUUCCCAAUGGCCAGAUUUGGUCUACCUCCCUGAUUAUGUGGAAUACCAACAUGUUCCUGGUCAACCACUGAGAACUUUGUUCCCCAUGGCUGCUGAUGAUGCUUUGGAUCUUUUAUCAAAGAUGUUCACGUAUGAUCCAAAAUCAAGGAUCACAGCACAGCAGGCACUGGAACAUCGGUAUUUUUCUUCCAUCCCUCCACCUACAGAACCUGCUUUGCUGCCUAGACCUCCCCCGAAGAAAGAGUCCAAUUCAAGGGCUUCAGAUUUCAAUCCCCAGGAUGGUCCCACUGUUCUGUCUCCUCCAAGAAAGUUGAGGAGAGUUAUGCCUAAUCGUGAGGUUUUUGAUUUAAAUGCACAGCAUGUUGAUAAGCCUGAUGAACAUGGAAAUGACAUUAGGCAGUCAACUGGGGAGAAGAGUGGACAGGCUCCUAUGUCUCUGGACUUUUCUGUGUUUGGAACGAGACCGCCCAUUAGACCAACAAUUAACAGUGCUGACAGAUCACAUCUGAAGAGAAAGCUGGAUCUUGAAUUUCAAAUACCUGAACAAGAAUAACUUGUAGACAUAGAGAUAUCUGGUUUCCUGAUAUGAUUGUGUUGAAAGGCAUGCAUACCGAGGAGGAUUCCAGAGGCUGAAUUAUUCACAAGACUGAAGUCAGAUGCAAGAUUGAUGUUUUUAACCAACAUAAAACUGUCGGAUAAUGAAAUUGAUAAUGUGUGCGCUAGAAAGAGAUGAGAUUUUUGAAGCACUAUAGAAACAAUCAUAUAUUGACAGAUAACAGCGACCUGGGCUACAUCCAACAUAAGAAUCAUUCUCUGUAUAUGAUAUAUGAUUGUGUGUAUUUGAGGGUUUUUUUUUUUUUUUUUUUUUUCACUACAGAACACACGUGGUUGUGUUUAGUAUGGCAUUGAAUACUUUUUAUCUUCACUAAAUGCAUUUAUUUUUAUUUUUUUUGA